CACCCUCGCUAAAAUCCGGAGCUUCGGAACCAACUGCCACGUCGCACUGUUCUUGUCAGCGACUUGGCAGGGCACCAAAUCGUUGGUCAGAUACGGCACGGUAAAAGCCUUUUUGUUUUGCAAAUAGAGUUAUUUUCCCCCAGGUACAAUGCUCCGCCACCAUUACGGAAAUGUCGGCCUCAAAUUCAACCCACGCGACCUGCAGUACCAUUCUGCUCUCCUGCUGGGUGUAUUGGGGUCUCAGAAACAUGGGUCAUUCGGUAAGCUUCAGAGGAAUAAUGCAACAGAUCGUCAGGCGGAGAUCGCUGAUGUGGUAUGACCGGACUACACGUGGGUAAAGUAAGUAAGCGCUGCGCAUCCUUCAGUACUUAUUAUGACGAGGCUUCCCUUUACCGACUUUUAAUUUCUUCAUCUCACCUUGAGACCUCUGACUCGUCCUGCUUCUGCGAAAGGCAAAGCCAAGUGCGACCUCUCAUCCCAUAUUUUAAGAGACAGCAGCACGAAAGUCAUGCAGCUUUCAAUUGGGAGCUCGGCAGCCUUGCUGGGCCUGGUUGGCCUGGUUUCUGCUAACCCCACUGGCAAUGUUGAAGCUCGCGAUGCGGCGGCUGCAGCUGCGGUUGCAGCGACGGCCACGUCGCCGGGGUCGUACUGCUGCCAAAUUCUGAAGCUUGGACUGGGCUCCAAAAUAUCCUUCCCAAACAGUGCGCCUUACAACGCAUCCAUUGGCUCGUACUUCUCCGAACAGAAUAAUGUCAUUACACCAGCCUGUAUUGUGUCCCCAGCAACAACUAAGGAUGUCCAAGAAGCUGUCGGAAUCUUGAGCACGCCCUCACUGGCAGGGCAAUUCUCGGGUCGCGCGUGCCAGUUCGCAGUUCGAAGUGGUGGCCAUACGCCAUGGGCCGGAUCGGCGACGAUUCAGGACGGAGUUGACAUCGACCUGAGUGCGCUCAACCACGUCACCCCCGCAGAAAAUAGGAAGACGGUUUCAAUUGGACCAGGAAACAGGUGGAUUGAUGUCUACCUGAAGCUUGAUGCUCUUGGGCUCGGAGUAUCAGGUGGCCGUGUUGCUUCUGUUGGAGUUGGCGGCCUCACAACCGGAGGCGGCAUGUCCUUCUUUGCGCCACGAUAUGGCUUCGUCUGCGAUACUGUUACCGAAUUCGAGGUUGUCCUUGCAUCUGGUAAAGUUGUCGUUGCAAACGCUAAGACCAACCCGACACUUUGGUCCGCUCUCAAGGGAGGCAGCAACAACCUCGGCGUUGUCACUCGCAUUGAUCUCGAAGUUUUCGACCAAGGUAAAUUCUGGGGUGGAAGCGUCGUUUAUCCAAUUUCCACAGCUCCACAACACCUCGCUGCCUUUGUCAACUUCAAUGGCCAGAAGAACUUUGACGAGUAUGGUGCCAUUAUUAAUAGCUAUGGCUACAGUAAGAGCCAAGGAGGGUGGUUCGUCUCCAACAACUAUGAAUAUACGAAAGCGCAGGAGUACCCACCAGUUUUCAAUGAUUUCACCAGCAUCCAGCCCCAGCUGUUCAGCACCAUGCGCAUCAGCAACAUGUCCGACUUUGGAAUAGAGAUGGAGGGCUCCACUCCUUAUGGGAGAGGCCAAAUCAUGUACACUCAGACAUAUGCGAAUGACCUGGAAACCAUCACCAACCUAUUCAACCAAGCCAACACUUCGCUGCAGCCUGUUGCCGACGUUGAAGGCCUGGUUUGGUCCCUUUCGCUUCAGCCAUUGCCAACCCAAAUUACGAAGUGGGGUGAUAUUAAGGGCGGGAACUCCCUCGGUCUCCAUGAAUCGAGCGGCAACCUAGUUCUGGCGCUUAUGAGUGCCUCUUGGCCAAACCCCUCCGACGAGAAGGCAGUCACCGAGGCUAUAAUUGACACGCUUGCUAAGGCCAACGCUUUCGCCCAGAAGAAGGGGACCUUUAAUGAGUACGAGUACCUGAACUACGCACACAAGACCCAGACCCCGAUCACAGGAUACGGAGCCAAGAAUGUGGCGAAGCUAAAGGCGGCCAGCCAUAAGUACGAUCCGCUCCAGGUGUUCCAGAAGAGGGUGCCUGGUGGAUUCAAGCUGUAGAAUGGGGUUGGCGAAAGAAUAUUUUGCUUUCAUAUAUGGGUUCAUUUUUGCUAUAUUUGUCUUGGAUAGCCGGAGCUUUAGACCCGGGGCGUUAUACUUGGUCGAGCGAUAUUUGUAAUUCACGUUUGUUGCUUGACGCUAGAUAAGCUCACUCUACUAUAUAAAAUCAAAAUUUACCAC